CGUCGCUAUUAAUUGCAACUACGCAUGCGCGCAAAUCCACACGUGAAGCAAACGUUUGAACUAGCUUCAAGUAGUAACGUUUGUUCAGUUCAUAACGGUGAAAAGUAAACCUGUUAAUUUCGCGUUUUGUUGUUCUCCUCUCCCCCAGCAGAAGGGACAUACUCCUCAGUGAAGCAUUUCGCCGAGAGGGCCGAAAUACCAAGAAUAACUUUUCACAAUGACUGAAGCCCCAGUGAACCCGAAGGCCUACCCGCUGGCUGACGCCACGCUCACCAAAACCAUCCUGGACUUGGUGCAGCAAGCCUCCAACUACAAGCAGCUGAGGAAGGGGGCCAAUGAAGCCACAAAGACCUUGAACAGAGGAAUCUCUGAAUUCAUCGUCAUGGCUGCUGAUUCUGAACCGCUGGAGAUCAUCCUCCACCUACCAUUGCUGUGCGAGGACAAGAACGUCCCGUAUGUGUUCGUCCGUUCCAAACAGGCCUUGGGACGCGCCUGCGGGGUGUCGCGUCCCGUCAUCGCUACCUCGGUCACUAUAAAGGAGGGGUCUCAGCUCAAACCUCAGAUCCAGACGGUCCAAAUGGCAAUCGAGAGACUCCUCGUGUAAUUUUUUUCUUGUUGCGCUGUUCUUACAAAAGAGAAGUUCCAAGUCUCAACUUGGAUAUAGCCAUGUUAUGAAACAUGUGGGAUGAGAGGAUCUUUUUCCCUUUAUUGUAGGACCAAUUACACAUAAAGUGUAUUUAUUUUUUUUUGUCAGACAAUUGCCUGAGUCAUAAUAAAAAAGGUAUUUUU